CCACAUUAUAUCAGAUUCAAGAAAGCCCAAUAUAUAAUCCAACAACCCAAUAAUCCAGCUCAACUAACAACUUUACCAAUAUAUCCUUGGCUUCUUCAACAAUCUUUUCCCUCCAUUUCUACUCACCAGCUCAACAUUCUCCUUCACUCUUCAAAAAUGGCGAAGAAACGAAAAAUAGUUCCAGUAGUCCUCUGGAGACUCUUCGGUGACCGUGCCCGCACUCUAUCAUCCACAAUCACAUCGUUAACUCCACAAUCACACGGCACAGAAGACGCCACGUCAUUUCUACUCCAUUCACGUGAUGAUCCUAUUAACUACAUUAAGCUUCUUCAUCACUGCUUCGUCGUUCUAGAUCGCAACGCGCCUCCGUUUGUCGCCGUUAAACGUCGCCUGCUUGAUAAUCGGUCACAACAUGAGAUUGUGGUUAGUAUUAUUGAAAUGAUGAUUACCGAGAGAUUAACUUCUAGUAAUAAUGUAUUAUGCAGUGCUUAUGAUAAGCUUGCUCAUUCAAGUCCUUUUGUAGAGCUUUUGACAUCUUUAGCAUGGAAUCUCUUGUUGAAAAGGGUGGGAUAUGACCUCAUGGUUUAUCUUCUAAAGCAUGCUUCCAUAUUUAUACCACUUCCUCACAACAGACAUUGUCAAGUGGCAGGUCCACCUGUCAAUGUUUUGGCCCUUAACUUGCUCAAGAAUGCAGCUGACGCACGAUGCCAGGAUCCGCCUGGCAUCCAUUUAGGACACAAGAAAAAGAGAAAGAGGGCCUAUAAUGCUAGUCUAACUUCUGACAUGCAGCAAAACAAUCUUCUUUGCGUUACGGAUUGUGUAGGCUGUGCUAGUUGUAAUGUUAGUUAUAUAAAGCCUUUAAGCAGGCAUGCUGGAAACAAAAAUGGCGAGAAAGGUGUCAAUGAAGCAGCUGCGUCAACAACUGGAGUUGAUUCUACCGAGUAUGAAGCACAUCCAAAAGAAGGAUUAGUGAAAUUGCGAAAGCGUUCAAGGCCUUUUAGGUGGCGGCGCUGUAAGAAGCACAAGUAUUCAGAUUUUAGUGAAAGCAUUAGUAUGCCUAUCGACACGGAUCCUGCUGAUAGAUGGAGUGGGAUGAGUGCUGUUGAAGCAGGUUCAGCAUUCUCUGGAGCUUGUACGGUGAACUAUGAAGGGUUCUCAGUUAAAAAGCCUCAAGGUCUAAAUCAAGUGAUGACAAAGGCAAAGCCUAAAGGAUUGUCAAGAUUAUUUUGGGGACAGUGCUGUAAAAAGCGCAAGCAUUUAGAUGUUGAAGAAGCCAGUGAAGACUCCUCUUACUUAAUGGGCGGCACUGACAAUGAAAGAAUACCUAGGAGACUUCAGUGUGAGCUUAAGAAAAUUAGAAGUCAUUCCCAUGAUAAGAUGCCUCAACGGUGCACUUGUUGUCUUAUAUUUCAAGAUGCCUCUUUAGUCAACAAAGGUGCACAGGUUAAUAGGCAACACAUGUUUUAUAAUCUGGAGCAGUCUUCAUCAGCUCUCCCAAGAGAGCAUGAAUUAAAUCGCGUGAGGCCAAAUUUUGCUGGUUCGAAGAUUCUUGUUGGGAGUAUAUUUGGCUUAUCCACUGUGAAUACAAAUGCUCCAUCAGAGCAAUGCUGCCACCGUAGCGGCUUCUGUCUCGUUGGCUCUGCAUGCCUGUAUCAUUCACUUAUUAAGUGCCUCAAGAUUCUUAUACGUCAUACUCGUUACUACAAGAAAUUGCAAUUGUUGGAUAAGCAUUGCACUGUUUCAUCAACGACUAACCUUAGCAAUCAAAAUUUGAGCGCAGUGUAUGAGGAGAAUGUACCAGAGAAGGGAAUAUCCAAGAAAUCUCGCAGUGUUAGUACUGAACAUGGCGAACGAACUUUAAGUUCUGGGAAUCCUCAGACUGAGUUAGUUAAGUCACACUGCACGAAAAGUCAGGUGGUUUCAUUUAUAUGGGCUAUCUGUAGAAAAAUUGUUCCUCAAGAUUUGUUAGGUACUCCUUCCAAUUGGAGAAUCUUAAGACGAAAUAUUUCCAAGCUCAUUCAGCUAAGAAGAUUUGAAAAAAUUUCAAUUAAACAAUGUAUGCAUAAAUUAAAGAUAUCAGAGUUCCCAUUUCUGUCAGAUAAGCAUUCCUUAUGCUGUCUAGAUGCUGGGGUGCUUAGCAAUGUACGAAGACAGAAUUCAGAAGCACGGCAGGGACUGGGUCAAUUGAAUGAUGCCGCAAGUAAUCUGAAACAGCUGCUUUUAGAGAAAUGGAUAUUCUGGUUUUUUUCAUGUUUGGUUGUGCCACUGCUUCAAGCCAACUUUUAUGUCACUGAAACUGGGCAUGAUAAACAAGAUGUCUUUUAUUAUCGGAAGUCAAUUUGGGAGGAGUUGAAAAAUAUAACAAUUGCUGGCUUGAAAGACCAGAACUACCAGCACUUAGAUCGUAGUGAUGUUAGAAGAAUUAUAGGCCAUAGAUUAUUUGGGUUCUCAAAGCUUAGACUUCGCCCGAAAGAGAAUGGAGUAAGGAUGCUUGCAAAUCUCAAAGCGCCAUCUAGAAUGCAUGUUGAAGAAUUCUCUUCUACUGGCGUACCAAGAAAAGCUCAAUCAUGGUCUAAACUGGUUAAGUGCAAGAAUUUCAAACCCGUAAAUUAUGUUCUUCGGGAUACAUAUGCUGUUCUAAAAGGUACACUGUCGAAAGAACCAGAGAAGCUAGGGUCAUCGGUAUUUGACUACAAUGAUAUCUACAGAAAGCUAUGCUUGUUUAUUAUUGGCCUGAAGAAUGGAUCAAAUACUAUUCCUAAUGUUUACAUUGUUAUUUCGGAUGUAUCAAAGGCAUUUGAUUCCAUUGAUCAGAAUCAGCUGCUUAGAGUAAUGAAAGAAGUUUUCCAUGAGGAUGUUUAUCAUCUGCAACAGUCUUCUCAAGUCGUCUGCACCAAGAAGUCUUUCUGGGUUCAUGAGAAUCUUACUUUAAAAGAUACAGAUAGCGUUACUAGUCUAACAACAAUGAGUUCUUCUGCUCGUUUUGGUUCGCUGCAUAAUGUGCUAAUUAAUCAGGGGUAUAAUCGGUAUAUGAAGAAGAAGGACAUUCUAUUCAAUCUUAAACAGCAUGUGAAGCAAAAUGUGUUGCUGUUGGAUAAAAUAUUUUACUUGCAAGGCAUAGGUAUACCUCAAGGAAGUAUUUUGUCUACUUUGUUGUGCUCAAUAUAUUAUGGUCACCUUGAGAGGCAUGAGCUUUUCCCAUUUAUUCAGAAAACUUGUGGAGCUACUGUUGAUGAUUUAUCUAGAAGAUGCAACUCUUGUGAUGCUUCGGCUGCAAGAAAUAGCUGUGAGGAUAGCGUUGUUUCAUCUCCUUCUCAUAUCCUUAUGAGGCUGAUUGAUGACAUGUGCUUUAUAUCAACCUCAGAACAGCAGGCUAAUAGCUAUUACAACAGGCUAAAGAUCGGAUUUCAGGGUUACAACUGCUAUAUGAAUGAGAAAAAGUUUUGUCUUAGUUUUCGACCUGAGAACGAGCCACAGCUUCUGUUGAACAGAGUUUAUGUCGGUGAGGAUGGCAUUUCGUUUCUUCGAUGGAGUGGCUUGCUUCUUAAUCCUUCCACUUUAGAAGUUCAGGCGGAUUACACAAGGUAUCUGAACAGUCAUUUGAGGUCAUCUCUUACUGUCUCCUGGGAAGACAAACCUGGUCGGCGACUGAAGGAAAAGCUGUGCGCCUUCAUGAGACCGAAGUGUUAUCCCAUAUUCUUUGAUUCAAAUAUCAACUCAGGAAAUGUGGUUAGAUUAAAUAUCUAUCAAUCAUUUCUGUUAUGUGCAAUGAAGUUUCACUGUUAUGUUUCUGAGAUAUACAGCUUCAAGCUGCACCCAAGGUUUCAUUUAGAAAUCAUCGACAAGUCCUUCAGAUAUAUGUAUGCACUUAUUAAGAAAUCGAUGCGUCCUAUGCGUACCGGCUCUCAAUUCCGUCCGAUUCUGAAAUUGGAGGCCGGAGAAGUUGAGUGGCUCGGAUUAAAUGCUUUCGUCAAAGUGUUGAAUCGGAAGCAAUCCCGGCAUCAAGAGUUGCUGCCUUUGUUGAAGUCGAAGCUGUUAGCCCAUACAAUUAAUAGGAAUGUAUCUUCUCAGCUUCAGUAUGCAGUUCAAAGUUCACAUUCCUCGGUCAUGUGGAAAAUCAAAUAUUAGAAAUUCCAGAAACAUAUCAAAUGGUUAGUGGAAACCGAAUGACUUCUUUGCUAAGGAAGCAAGUGAGAAAAGCUAUCCAUUUCGGGUCAGAUAUUUCGUUCCUGGAGUGUCAUACUAUUCUCAUCUUAUUUUGUUUGAAAAUUUAUUUUGUUAUUGUUUUAUUUUAGUUUACAGUUUAGAUAUAUCUGAUCUGUUAUUAGUAUAUAAAUCAUUGGUGUCAAAACACUGUCAAGUUUGGCUCGACUUUAAAAUCUAAGUAUUAUUAUAAGUA